AUGGAAGAUCCGACGUUGACCUCGCUGCCUGUGGAACUCAUUCACAAGAUCAUUUCUUUGCUGGAUUGGAGAACAAUAUUGGUUUGCCGGGAGGUGCGCUUAUUCCACUCAAUAGUACAAGGAGAUAGUGCUCAAUAUGAAAUUGAGCUUGCUGUAUCUGGGAUGGUGGACGGCCCUCCAAGCACACUUACCACCUCAGAUCGGCUUGCACUUCUUAAGGAACGCAAUGCUGCAUGGGAGUCUCUGAGAUGGGUAGAAUCGCGGGAUAUUCCGAUGAUGCAGGGACACAUCUGGGAGUUAUACGGCGACGUGUUCGCGCAAUCUAGCACGUCAGAUGUCCUUCACUUCCGUCAGCUGCCAUCAAAGUACAGAAAAAUCGAAGAAAAAACAUGGGACUUCACCAUGGAUCCUGCGCAGGACCUUCUCGUGCUCAUCGAGGAGCCCACCCAGCUCCCUCAUAUCAACGCCACUACCCGUAGCAUUCGGAUCCAUUUACGUUCCCUCACCACAGGAGACAGGCACAGAUUAGCGCCUCAACCAGCCAUUCUCGUUCAUGACCUCAAUGUGCGGCACGCCCGAGCAACGUAUACAUUACGAGUGUGCGAUAAUCUCCUGGGUAUCUUAUUCACACUCCAGGAUGAAGAUGCAGACCCCGAACUUACCAUAUGGGACUGGUCAACGGGCAAAGUUAUUUUGACAUGCUUCAGUUCCGAGAUUGCGACAUUUGCAUUCCUCAGCAGUCGCUUUUUGCUAGCCCGCCUCUACGUGUUUGAUAUGACUAAACCAUCUAGCGAAACGUUUGGCCUUUGGGCGGACUAUUCUUGCGUAUUUCUUUGGCCCGAAUUCAACUUCUGGACCAACCCGGUGGCUCUUUCAAUCCGCUCUGAUCCAUCGCCUACCUGGCAGCCUAAUCCAGAGGCUCGGUUACCCUUCUCAACGGCGCCUGGGGACAGGCUCCUCAUCAUUACAGUCUCCUUGGUGAACAAUGACCGUAUCGUCCCUUACGAUAUGUUCGUUUCAGCUGAUACUUUGCUAUCUCAUAUCGAAGCCCUUCCUACGGAGGUUCGCUCCCGUGAAAUCAAAUGGGAUGAGUGGGGCCCCGCAGGCACACGCUUGAUGCGGUCUUUGUCACAGCCUUCCCUCUGGGUGUGCUACGUAUUCGGGACCAAAUUCGUGUCUCUUACUGAGCCGACCCACACGUCUCCGCAGACUUUGGAGAUGUGGGAUUUCAACCAGCUCGCAAUGAAGCGAGAUGCCAAAGUUCAAGGUGGUAUCAGCCAUCAUGUACGUGAUACGACGGUAAUUGAUAAAGUAUUUGCGGACGAAAUCUACACGAGUCUACCCUACCGGGUUAUCAAGCGCACCCUACCUCCACAUUCUUCUCCGGAAUUAAGUUUUACUGCUGUCAUAUGCAGCGAAGACAGCCUCAUUUUAGUAGAUUCUAGUCACCGGUAUCUUCGCCUUCUCACUUUUUGA